CCUCCCUUCUUUGGCGUUGCGUUGUUUUUGCUCGGAAGCCUUUGAGCUUCCGGGGUUUUGAUGCUUGAGCCACGGGGCUUCCCGGCCGUUAAAGCAUGUUGGAGCUGUCCUGUGCUCCCUCCUCCGAUGACCUCUUUGGUGCUCGCUAUUUUUGGUUUACUUGCAGAUUCGACGAUGGUCCCCUCCAUCCGACAGUUUCUAUCGGUGGCGGUGCACGCAGGGAAUCCUAGAUCUGGCAACCUUGCGACCCAUCUGUUGCCUCCAAGGAACGGCCUCCGCCUGAUCGGGUCUCCACAUCGGCAUCCUGGAGCCUGGCGCACCUUCCACAUGGGUAAAUUGAAGGGUGUCUCAUUUGGAUCGCUCGACCGAAGGCCGCUGUAUAGCUGGGCCCUUAGUGGUUGUUCGAGUGUCGUGUGCACCUCCCUUCGGCCUCUGGAUAUGGGUCUACUCUAGUUUCUUGCUCCUGAUGUAAUUUUAUUGUUUAUUAUUCCUGUAGAUGCCGUAUGGCGGUGUUUGAAAUGAACCAAUUUCGUUAUG